AGUAAUAGCUACUGCGCUCGCGCCGCUGUACUGCGUCAGUCGAGUGCUCCUAUACUUGUCUGUCACUCGUUUAUUAGUUAUUCGAAGCCUUAAUAAGUGCAACAAGAAAAAUAAACAUUGAAUGGAAAAGUUAAUCGCUAUCCGCAGCCUGGGAUUUUCUGAGAAGAUAAGAACGUAUCAAAUAGAAGAAAAUUACUUUUGAAAUGAUACCAAGAUGGCGACUCAUACUAUCAAAAUUGUUCCUAAUUCCCCAGCGGUACGUCUUGGGCAUCAUGGGCCUGUUGGCCGUAUGCAACGCUUACACGAUGCGGGUGUGCCUCAACCUGGCAGUCACGCAGAUGGUCAAGAGCAGUGGCAACAGCAGCGAACAUUACGAUCCCAAUGCUUGCCCGGAUGAUAGCGAGAUUAUAGCUAAUGGGACUGUCAGUAGCAAACCUCACGCAAUAUUCGACUGGUCGGAGUCCACUCAAGGGCUGAUACUCAGUGGUUUCUACUACGGGUACGCCGUUACGCACGUCCCCGGGGGCUACUUAGCGGAGAGAUAUGGAGGCAAAUGGACGCUUGGAGUAGGGCUUCUGAGCACCGCCGUGUUUACGCUAUUGACACCUGUAGUGGUCAAGGCAGGGGGUGCGACAUGGUUGUUCAUCCUUCGAGUUUUGCAGGGCAUGGGUGAAGGCCCGACAAUGCCAGCUCUUAUGAUAGUGUUAGCGCGGUGGGUACCACCGCAUGAGCGAGGGCGCCAAGGCGCCAUCGUGUUCGGGGGCGCCCAAAUUGGAAAUAUCUUUGGCUCCUUCAUGUCUGGCUUCCUUAUGGCUGGAGAUGGGGACUGGGCGAAUGUCUUCUACUUUUUCGGAAUGUUCGGCAUCAUAUGGUUCGUUUUUUGGAGCUUGCUAUGCUACAGUACACCGAACACGCACCCGUAUAUAUCCGACGAGGAGCUGAAGUACCUGAACGAACAUGUGACCAGCUCGGAGAAGUCCAGUAUACGAGACCCGGUGCCUUGGAAAGCUAUCGUCAGAUCUGUUCCAGUCUGGGCUCUGUUAUUUGCUGCGGUUGGCCACGACUGGGGUUACUACACGAUGGUGACAGACCUGCCCAAGUACAUGACCGACGUCCUGAAGUUCAACAUAGCGGCGACGGGCACCCUCACUGCGAUACCAUACCUCGCCAUGUGGAUUAGCUCCUUCAUCUUCGGUCUGGUCUGCGACUAUUGCGUCAAGAAGGACUGGCACACGAUCAAAACGGGACGGAUUAUUCAUACUACUAUUGCCGCCACUGGUCCAGCCAUUUGUAUCAUAUUAGCUUCGUAUGCCGGCUGCGACCGACUGGCAGCUGUGGCUUACUUUAUCGCUUCUAUGGCGCUAAUGGGAGGAUUCUAUAGCGGAAUGAAGGUGAACGCCCUGGACCUGGCGCCGAACUACGCGGGCUCCCUGACGGCUAUGAUAAACGGGACCUCUACGAUCUCCGGCAUCAUCACGCCCUACUUGAUAGGGCUAUUGACGCCCGAUUCGACGUUGGCUGAAUGGCGCGUCGCAUUCUGGGUGUGCUUCGCCGUAUUGGUCGGCACUAACGUGGUGUACAUCAUCUGGGCGGACGGCAAGCAGCAGUGGUGGGACGACGUGCGGCAGUACGGCUACCCUGACGACUGGAAACACGGCCCUCUGUCCAAAUCUGACACGGACAAGGAGAAGAGCAAAAAAGCUGAAGCUACGUCGUUCUGAAAUGUAUAAACUACCUAUGUUUUUAGGGUUCCGUAUUUUCAGACUAAUGAUAAUGACGAUUUAUAUAAUUAGUUAUUUAUUAAACAUUAGAAUAUAAAAUAAGCGCCGAAUGAGUUUUUUGCAAAAGUAGGUAAGAGUUCUUUGAUUAAUUUUCAUAUAACUUGUUUUAACGCAUUCACUGCCAGGGGCGUGGCCUAGGAACAAACUUGUAUGGCGGUGAACGCACAUGUGCGUCGGGGGCAGUGAAUGUGUUAAUUAGAGAUCAGGGUAUGAUAUAAAAUUUCUACUAACAAUUAUUCUGAGGCUUGCAAUAACUAGGUAUGUAGGUAUAUAAAAAUUUAGCUACUUUUCUUGUAAAUAUUAAGUAAGAUAUAUUUCGUUAAUAUUUGAGGACUUCCGUAAUUUGAUGCCAUAAGUAAUAAUAUAUGAUGUAUUUAGAACUUAUAUCAAUCAACCGAUAAUAAGAUAUAAGCGCGUUUAGUGAAAGUGUAACGCACAACUCACAAAAGGUAGAUGUUAUAUGUUAUGAUCAUGAUCUGAAUAUGAAAUAGCCUUAGGGUGACCAGUUAUUGGCCGGUGGCCAGUUACUGGCGAAUUACCCUAAUAAUAAGCGCGUUUAGUGAAAGUGUAACGCACAAUUCACAAAAGGUAGAUGUUAUAUGUUAUUGAUCAUGAUUUGAAUAUGAAAUAGCCUUAGGGUGACCAGUUAUUGGCCGGUGGCCAGUUACUAGCGAAUUACCCUAAUAAUAAGCGCGUUUAGUGAAAGUGUAACGCACAAUUCAAAAAAGGUAGAUGUUAUAUGUUAUGAUCAUGAUCUGAAUAUGAAAUAGCCUUAGGGUGAGCAGUUAUUGGCCGGUGGCCAGUUACUGGCGAAUUACUCUAAUAAUAAGCGCGUUUAGUGAAAAUGUAACGCACAGUUCACAAAAGGUAGAUGUUAUAUGUUAUUGAUCAUGAUUUAAAUAUGAAAUAGCCUUAGGGUGACCAGUUAUUGGCCGGUGGCCAGUUACUAGCGAAUUACCCUAAUAAUAAGCGCGUUUAGUGAAAGUGUAACGCACAAUUCAAAAAAGGUAGAUGUUAUAUGUUAUGAUCAUGAUCUGAAUAUGAAAUAGCCUUAGGGUGACCAGUUAUUGGCCGGUGGCCAGUUACAGUCGAAUUACCCUAAUAAUAAGCGCGUUUAGUGAAAGUGUAACGCACAAUUCACAAAAGGUAGAUGUUAUAUGUUAUGAUCAUGAUCUGAAUAUGAAAUAGCCUUAGGGUGACCAGUUAUUGGCCGGUGGCCAGUUACAGGCGAAUUACCCUAAUAAUAAGCGCGUUAAGUGAAAGUGUAACGCACAAUUCACAAAAGGUAGAUGUUAUAUGUUAUGAUCAUGAUCUGAAUAUGAAAUAGCCUUAGGGUGACCAGUUAUUGGCCGGUGGCCAGUUAAUAGCGAAUUACCCUAAUAAUAAGCGCAUUUAGUGAAAGUGUAACGCACAAUUCACAAAAGGUAGAUGUUAUAUGUUAUGAUCAUGAUCUGAAUAUGAUAUUUAGCCUUAGGGUGACCAGUUAUUGGCCGGUGGCCAGUUACUGGCGAAUAACCCUAGUUACCUAAGUAAUGCAUACCCUUUGAAUAUUUGAUUUUGAAUAAACAAUCGGCCUACAUCCAAUAAACUGAAAUUGCUCAGUUUAAAUAUUCUAAUAAUUUAUGUGCCAUGCAUUUCUUUACUACGAAACAGAAAUUAUUUUAAUAAGAUACGACAAUUAGGUAGGCAACUACAAAUAAUUGUUCUUAUUUAUAUAAUGUAUAUAUGUAUUGAAUACCGAAUUAAUUUUUUAAAUAAUAGUAAAAACUUCAGUGAUUAUAACUAGUUAACAAAAUUAGGUAACAAUUAUUGAUAUAGUACUUAUAAGAUUUGUACAAUAU